UUUUGCUGAGUAAUUUCAGUUAAGUGGAUUCAGUCAAGCGCUUCAAAACAGAAAAAUGGUUAAAGCAAAACGAUUCAUUUACGAAAAAAGGUUUAAUGGUUUCCCGAAAGAGGGUGACUUAAAAGUGCUAGAAGAGGAUUUACCAACUAUUAAAGAUGGAGAAUUCUUAGCUGAGGCUGUAUAUCUUAGCGUAGAUCCGUAUAUGAGACCGUACGCAGCCAGGGCAUCAUUAGGUAGUACUUGUAUUGGACAGCAGGUUGCAAAAAUCAUUGAGAGUAAAAAUGCAGACUAUCCGGUUGGUAAGCACAUUAUUAGCAACUUUGGAUGGAGAAGUCACACAGUAUCAAACGGAAAAUCGGAAACACCAGUAGCAUUACCAAUAUCGAUACUUCCGGAUUUUCAAGGACUACCAUUAUCUUUAGCUUUGGGAGUUUUGGGCAUGCCAGGGAAUACGGCAUACUUCGGCUUUCUAGAACUAUGCCAGCCAAAAUCCGGCGAAACCGUUGUUGUGAGUGGAGCUGCCGGUGCGGUGGGCUCGCACGUAGGUCAAAUAGCUAAAAUAAAAGGCUUGAAAGUCAUUGGGAUAGCCGGUUCCGAUGACAAAAUCAAAUGGUUGAAGGAGGAGUUGGGUUUCGAUGAGGUUAUUAACUACAAAACUCAGAACGUUGCUGAAGUUCUUCCGAAGCUUGCUCCCAAAGGAGUUGAUUGCUACUUCGAUAACGUUGGUGGAGAAAUAAGUACGAUAGUAUUGAACAACAUGAAUUUGUAUGGCAGAGUAUCCGUUUGCGGAUCAAUUUCCGCAUAUAAUGAAAUAAAUCCUAAAGCUAGUACUGUCCAACCAGCAAUAGUUGGCAAACAACUUAAAAUUGAAGGAUUUGUGGUACGUAGAUGGAUAGAUCGUUGGCAAGAAGGUAUCGAACAAAACCUGAAAUGGAUCCAAGAAGGUAAAUUGAAGUACAAAGAAACAGUCACUAAAGGAUUUGACAAUACGUUCAAGGCAUUCGUGGAUAUGCUCAAAGGAGCUAAUACUGGAAAGGCAAUCGUUGAAGUUUAAUUAAAACCUGAGAAAAUUGUGUUUACUAUUUAUUUGACUAAUAAAUUUUCAAUUUUAAAGCA